GGCGGUUGAAAGUUUCAAAAUGGCGGUAGAUUUGAUCGAAGUUCUGAACCGUUGGAAACUGCAGUUUAACUGACGGCGGCGGUCAGGUCAGGGCAGUGCGGCUGCUGCAACCACCACAACAACAGUCACAGCGAAGUCACAGAUGAGAGAAGUUUGAUGUCCAAAUGGUUAAGAUUGCCCAGCAAGAAGUUUUAGUGUUUUCACAACUGAGGCAGCUGGAUGGAGAAUCUUAAAAUGUCCUCACUUCUUAACAACCAGGCACAAAACUUCAUGAAUCAGUGGACAACAAACGUUGCUCGUGCAGGAGUGAUAUUAAAUGAACCUUUCAGUUUUAACGAUACAAGCACAUCUCCCUCUCACGGACUCAAAGAUGAAAUUAAUUCAUUCAAUCCUCUGUUUUCGCCACUUCAUGCUUCAACCAACAGUAGCUGUAUCAGCAUAGACUCUCUUCAAUAUGAACCUCUGCUGGAUGUACAUGGACUGAAUGGUGAGGAACCAUCUGAUUUUGACAUAAAUGACGCUACAACUUUAGAUCUUCAGUCAGAUGGGAUCCAGCACUUUCUUUCAGUUAAAGGUGGUUUACUAUACAGUAAUGAGGCAGUGGAGCAAGUUAAUGAACCUGAGAGUUCUGAUGAGUUAAUCUGCAAUCAUCCCCUCAUGGAAAAACUUGAACAGCUAAGAGAGUGGCAACAAGAAAAGCAGGAACAGUUGAAAAAGCAACAGAUGGAACAGCUUCAACGACUGUUGGAGGAACAACAGAAGGUCCUUGGUUUUAUUACUACAAGCCGAGAUCUACCAGGUCAAGGGUACUGCUUCCAACAGUCUUCAACUGAUGAACCUCUUGGUUUGAACUCUAACUCAAGCAGCAUGCCAUGUUCAAUACAGCAAGUCCCCCAGAGUCUACCUCAGAUCAACACUGUUCAACCUGAUGCCUCUCUGGUCGCUUCCGUGCAUUUUUUAAAAAGCAACAGUUCGGCUGCUUCUUCAUCACAGCAACAAAGCCCAAAGUCAGUUUCACGUGAUUUGGAUCAUAUGGAAAAACUCUGUCCUGUUAAUGCUGUCCAGCAAAUGGAAGACAAUUCAGAACAAGAGAAUGCAGUUGGCCUUGAGGGUGAAUUUAGUGUUUUGGAACAACCAGAUCCAGAACCUUCCGUUUUUAGAGACGUAUCUGACGGACACAACACUAAUGAAAAUUCUGUGAGUGCAGCUUGUCUUCAAAGUCCAUCUGAAAAAAAUAAUUCAAGCAAAGUUGUAUCCUUCAAAACUCUAGAGGACAGACCUAUUAAAUCGAACAUUGAUGGGAAAUCGCAAACUUUUGAAGAGUUCCUAGAGGAGCAGAUAAGAAUAGAAGACCAGAGACUAAGGCAACAACCACAAAGAAUGGAACUUUCACAGCCACCAUCAGAAUUCACCGAUAGCAAAAGCAACCAGAAAAGAAUAUUUCUGAAGCGAGGUGAAGGGCUGACAAGGUUCUCAACUACCAGAGCAAGUAAAUCGGCAUCAGUCAAUGUUGAUAAGCAAAUAAUAUUGGAUUCUCAUAAGUCAGUGAAUACAACCCAGAAGCAAGUGGUAUGGAAAUCCACAUCCUUAAACAAAGAAAACCGAUUUGACGGCUCCAACAGAAUUGGAAACAAAUCAAAUCCAGUUAUCAAACCAAAGAACAACCCUGCUUCAUUUUUUAAAAAGGUGACUGUGUUAGGUAACAGGCAUGGAGAAAAUACCCUUCAGGUAGAAAAGAAAGUCAGUGUAUCAUUUGGCAAAGUUCAUGACGUGAGUAAAAUUGAGAUUGAUUCUAAAAUUGGAAAGGUAAAGGAUGUUCAUAAUUGUACACCAAGUAACACCGGCCAGGGGAGUACGGCUUCAAAUGGGCCUACUUCACUCGAUAAUGGAGAGACAGAGCAGAAUUACAAAGGGAACACUAUCUCUGCAAGGCUAAAUAAUGAUCCUGUUAUUGAACCAGAGUAUUCCUUUGAGACUUCAUUUCAGAAAGCUUUGACAAAGUGGGAUAAAGACAAAAAGAAUGAAAAGCACGAGUUAGAUGAGUUUGAGUUUCUGGAGCAGGCUGCUGAUGAGCUGUCUUUCUCUAGCAAUUCUUCUUUUCUGCUGAAAAUGAUCCAACCCAAUAAAAAUCGUAGAUUAUCCUCUACUCCAAUCAAGUCUGCUGACCAGCAACAGCGAGCUCAAACUCCAAGUGAGUUUAUGAGCAGCAAGAAAGAUUCCCAAUCAAGGGAUAAUAUAAAAUUUUCAAUCUGUAAUGGUUCAAGGACCUUAGAACCAGAUUCCAGAAUAAGUAAUGUUGAAUUAAAGGAAAAUUUCAGGAAUGUUUAUGCCUUUCCAGUCAGCAAUGGGGUAACAAUAAAAAGUAUUGAAUGCGAUCUUCAAGGGGAAGAUUGUUGUAGCAGAAGCACUUCAGAUUCAGAUGAUCUUGAUUCAACAUUGACAGAUGAAUUGGAAGUGAAUGUUAAACCGGUGGAAUACACGAGUGAUGAGGAUGAUGAUCCCAAAUCCAAUUGUGGAAAAUACCCAACAGACAUUCUCAAUAAAGACAAGAGCGUGGAUGCUAAUCUUGAUUUAUCAGAUGAUGAAUAUAUUGAAAUGGCCACGGUAAUCGAAAACAAAAGGACUGUUCUGAAGCAGAAGACAGAUCCCUCCUUAUUUAAUUCAAACUGCAUAAGUCACCAAGUCAUCUUGAACCAAGAAAAGGUUGAGUUUGAUGAUGACCAAACGUGGAUGGAUUUUGAGGAGGCUGGAUUUGUUGACCAUGAUGAUAACUCUUUGGGCUCUGUUAAAGCAAUUCAAGGCACCUGCUCUGCCAGGUCCAUCGAAGACAAGGUAAUGCGAAGAAAAAUUGCUUCUACUAAAAAGGAAGAUGUUGUGGAAGAAAUCAAUAUUAAAAGUAUAGAUAUUCCUCCUACCUCAGAUCUAGUGACAAAACUAUUCCCUUCACUGAAACCUAAACCGAAGACUCCAUCUCUUCAAGGUCUGGAUCAAAAAUUAAAAUCUGCGAAUGACCAUCCACUAGGUGAUGGUAUUCAGUCCAAGUUGCUAAGGGAUAAAAUGGUAGAAUUAGAAUGUGAGAUUGAACGAUUUCGUGCUGAAAAUGUCACACUGGUCAAACUGCGAGAUGAUAGGGAAAAGGCACUGGAGGAUCUUAGAAAGGAAAUUACAGAUUUUGAGCGAACUAAGACUGAAGAGUUAACUCGACUGGAAGAAUACAAAAAAGAAGAGUUGAGAAAACUUCAAAAAGAGCGCAAGGUUUUUGAGAAAUACGCUUCAGCCGCGAGGGCCAUUCCCGACAAAAAGGAAAGAGAAGAAAUACAGGCUCUGAAACAGCAGAUUGCUGACUUGCAAGAAGAGGUGAAAAGGAAGGAAUUACGAUGGUCAAGUACUCACACACGGCUUCGCAACCAGAUCGAAUCCCUGACCAAGGAAAACCUUGAGUUUCGAGAUGAGGUUAAAGUGAUGGAAAGACUUCGAUUGGAAGCCUGGAAGAAAGCUGAAGCAGCUAUUGAUAAGAAAGCAGAUACAUCCACUGUACUUCUGAAGAGAACCGAACCUGUGCUUUCCCUAGAUACCAGAAAAAAGGAAAACUCUUCUGUAAACAGACAGGUGGACAAAGGUAAAACUAUACGCACCUCAAGAAAGGAAAGCCCUUACAGGAAUGACACGAUUUCUCCUAAAGUUAAACCGAGCAGAACCAUGAAAUCGCCUCUUACUCCAAUAAACCAAAACAUCCAGACAGAAACUGAAUAUAUCUCUCCAAAUAAAGUUACACCUCCUUUGCGAUCUUCUAUACCUCAGCCUGCAAAUAGGUUUGACUCUGCAGAGCCCAGUGAAAUGCGUUCAGAGCCUUGCCAACAAUUCUCCAAUCUUCAGGUUUCAAUACAAACUGGUUCGCAGGGUCAUAGAAGUAGUGAGGUUGAAGAAGAAAUUGAAGAAGAGAUUAGUUAUCCAGAUGGAAAGGUUGAGCAGGUGUUAAAAAGUGGACGUCACAUAAUUCUUUUCCGUAAUGGCACCAGGAAAGAAAUAAGUGCCGACAGGAGGAGUGUGACUGUAACCUUCUUCAAUGGGGAUGUAAAGGAAAUGUUAUCUGAUCAGACUGUGAUAUACUAUUAUGCUGAUGCAAAGACAACUCACACAACCUAUCCUGAUGGAUUAGAGGUUUUGCAGUUCCCAAACAACCAAACUGAAAAACAUUACCCAGACGGCAGAAAGGAAAUCACUUUCCCAGACCAGACCAUCAAAUAUUUAUUUACAGAUGGUCAUGAAGAAAGUGUUUUUCCAGAUGGUACAAUUAUACAAAUUCAAACUGAUGGAAACAAGAUCAUUGAAUUCAACAAUGGACAAAGAGAAAUACAUACUUCACAAUACAAAAGGCGAGAAUACCCUGAUGGAACAAUUAAAACUGUAUAUCAAAAUGGAGAACAGGAAACCAAAUAUAUCUCAGGAAGGGUACGCAUUAAAGAUAAAGAAGGCAACAUAAUCAUGGACAGUAAACCCUAGCGAUCAAAUGUGCUUAAAAUGUAAAAGCAAUCAGUACUGUACUUGAAACAAACAAUAAAAUUGGCUUUAUAU